AUGAAGGAACGAGCUGCGACAAAGACGAAAGAGAUGAAGGACACGGUGAAAUCGAAUCUAGUGGCCGAUCAAUCCGCAGAACACAAAAAGGAAGAAGAGGACCUUCUCCAUGCUGCUUUGUGCAAGGCAAACGGCAUCAAGGAUGGUGUGGUAGCUAUGGCUAUCGGCACUACAGAUGCUGUGGUAGGAAAAGCAGUUGAGGCAAAAGAUGGUGCUGUUGGGAAGGCAGUUGAAGUGCAGGAUGGUGCAGUAGCCAUGGCUAUCGGCGCUGCAGAUGCUGUGGUAGGAAAAGCAUUUGAGGCAAAAGAUGGUGCUGUUGGGAAGACAUUUGCAGUCAAGGAUGGAGCUGUAGCUAUAGCUAUUGGCACUACAGAUGCUGUGGUAGGAAGAGCAUUUGAGGCAAAAUAUGCUGCUGUUGGGAAGACAUUUGAAGUCAAGGAUGGUGCAGCGGCCAUGGCUAUGGGAAACAGAAAUGCUGUGGUAGGAAAAGCAGUGGAAUUGAAGGAUGGCGCAGUAGCCGUGGCCACUGGGAAGGCAGUUGAAGCAAAAGAUGGUGAUGUUGAGCAGGCGAUUGAAAUCAAGGAUGUGUUGGGGGACUUUACUCUGAAUGCUGCCGAUGCCGCAGUAUCAAAGGCAGUUGACGUGAAACUGCAGAGGUGCAGCAUGCAGUUGCGGAGGCAAUUCCGGUUUUGA